UUCUCGCCUAAACUGGAAGCUUUCUUUGACAAGGAAGGAAGGAGCAUUUAAGAGGAACGACAAAUGGGUUGUGAAACAAACGACAAUACGUUCGGUCCACGUUUCGCGAGGUCGCGAACCCGCUCAAAACCGCAGGAGUCGGGAACAGUCAUGAGAGAGCGUCAGAAGCGGCGUGAGUAUAACUUGCCACCGCCAGCAGCAGCAGCAGCAAAAUUGAAGUGAACAGAGCAACCAUGGCGACAGACUCCGACCCAUUUGCCUCAAUCUUUUCUCAGACGAACUCUCGCAUACCGGAGGACACCGUCUUUUACGCAAUAUACCCAGACACCUCACUCUCAAACACCUUCACAUCCUCUUACACACCAUCUCUCACACUCCAAACACUCCACCUCGAAAUCCUCAACUUAAUCUCUCCAAUCACAUCUUCAUACAUAUGGCAACACCAACCCUUCUCUCUCUUAGUCUCCUCUUCAUCGUCUCAUCUGCCUCACCUUCACGGCACCCUCCGUUUCGGCGACAACAUCGAUGACGAAUGGUUCGCCGUCUACCUCCUAUUUCUCAUCUCUAAUCACUUUCCUAACCUCUCCAUUCGCGUUUGGGACAACGACGGUGAGUUCCUUCUCAUCGAAGCCGCUUUUCACCUUCCUCGCUGGGUCCACCCCGAUAACAUCGCUAACCGCGUGUUUGUUCGUGGUGGAAAUCUCCAUAUUGUUCCUCAAGACAAACUAGCUAGCCCUGCUUUAAUUGAUUCUCUGAAGUUCUUGAUUUAUUAUGAGAACCAAUCGGUUGCUGAUAAUAAUGUUCAACAAGCGAUUAAAAAUCGGAUUUCGGAUUAUCCAGAGAGAGCGAAAAAGAAUACGCAUAAGGUUAGGGUCAGGGUUCCAGUAUCGGUAGCGCAGGUUUUGAAGUAUGAGCCAUGUUUAAUUUCUCUAGGUGUUGAAGGUUUUUAUGAUAGAGAUAUUGAUACGAUGAAAUACGCAGCGAAAAUGGAGAGGUUUUUGAGUAAAGGAGGAAGAGGAGAGGAAUUAGUUUGUGCGAGUGUUACGAUGUCUAGGGCUAUGUAUGCACAGUUAAUGCAGCAAAAAUUUGUGGCUCCCAAGUGCUACCCGAAGAUGCCAAAUAGAGAUGAUAUGGAGGGGUUUAUGGAGGCGGAGCUGGGAAUGAAGAUUGCGUGUGGAUUUGAAAUGAUGUAUCAGAUGAGGAGAAAGGAAGGAGAGGAAGGGAAAGGGAGUAGUUGGAUUAAGUAUAAGGAGAGUUUGGAGAAGAGUGGGUUUUUUGAGGGUUUUUUGCCUGGAUCAAAGGAGUAUAAACGGUUGAUGGAGAAGGCUGAGGAGUAUUACCGUAGUAGUGCAAUGUUUUCUAGGAUCAGUGAAAUGAUGAGUGCUCCAGUGAGACGAAUUGAUGAGAUUCUUGCUAUACAACAUUCAACUGAUGAUUUCCAGAAUCAGGAUGUUCCUCCUUCUGAUGAUGAUUCUUGGCUUUACAAUGGAGAGAGCGAGUUGAGCACUGCUCUGCAAGAGAGACAAAAGGAAAUGGAUCUUUAUAAUGCUAAACACAAACACAAACAGAAGUUGAAAGAACCAGAGGAUGCUGGUCCUUCUUCUGAUGCUGAUCUUAGUGAUUUUGAUCUUGGUGAUAUUGCAAAAACCAUGCAAGCGUUUAUGGAUAAGGUGUCAAGCUACAAGGGAGCAGAGGUUCCAGAAAACAGGAACAUGAAAGAAGUGGACCUUGAUGUGGACCAAUUCCUUAAGGACAUGGAAUCAGUGACGAAGUGUCAUGGUCCGGAAGAUAUUGCUAGUGAUGUUUCUGAAGCAGCAUCCUCCUCAGACAUGGAUUUUGACGAGUCUGAAGAUGGUAGUGAUAUUAUGGAACCUUCCGAGGAUAAUGAGGACAGAGAAGACACUUUUAUGCAUACCUACUUGGAUGCUCUUAAUGACGAACUGAAGAACACCACCCUUAAGAAGAGUUUUGUUCAUGCAAAUGAUAACACCAAAAGAAAUGAGGGGACCUCAAAUGCUGCUGGGGAAGACAUGGAUGAAGAAUUUACUCCUGUAGAUGUUGAUGUUAAUCUGGUGAAGAGCCUUCUUGAUUCCUUUUCUUCCCAACAAGGCCAAGCUGGUCCUACCUCCAAUCUGCUUGGGCUCAUGGGUCUACAACUCCCACGAGAUAACAACAGCAAAGGCAAAUGAAAGCUUAUUUUGUAUGGACCUGCUUUAACUUUAGUAUUUCUUCACAAUUUUUGUAAGAUAACCCGUUUGCACAACUUCACUGUCAACCAAUCUCCUAGAUAGUUCGUUUAACCAAUCUCCUAUAUGAGUAUCACAUGAUGCAAAUAGCGGCUUAACCAUGCCAUGAAUCCUCUAGAGCUUUGGUCAAAAUAGGACGGUCAUAUUAUUCAAUUAAAGAGUUUCUCUUUAUCGUCUGUAAUUAAGGAAUUAUAUGUGAGUUGGGCAACUGUUGAGCUUGUGGAUUCUUCAUAUAUAUACGUACAUAUAGUUGAUGAUUA